AUGUUCAGAAUCUUUAUAGAAUCAAAAACUAUCAGGGCCUCUGUUCGGAAAAACUCGCUAUGGGAAAUCCAGCUAAACUCACGAGCCAUGCACUGCGGUUUCGAAUCUGACACUUCCAAUUUGGGCACGGAUGCAUGGUUAGACGACAAACGUUUAUUUACACUGCGAGGUAGCUUCCAGAAUUUAUAUGCAUAUUCGUUUACACAGGUACAGGCAUCUAUGAGUAUGCAGUCGUGGGGGAUGGUACAGAAUGAUUUGCGACAUGUUGGGUCUGAGAUUGGAGAGGAAAUACAUCAUGCUAUUCUUAUUUCUUCAGCAAAGGUGGCCCCAAAGAGGAAAUCGCGAAAGUCAACAUCUAUUCGACAGAGGUGGGCUAUGCAUCUCCGAUCACAACGUUAUCUGCAUACCAAAAAAUAUUAUCUGCAUGGUCUCCUUGAAGGCGUCUCAACACUACAUAUCCGCGAACUAGUUAGGAAAUAG